GGUUAAUUGAUUUGUCCAUGCGCGCGAUUUGGUGGCUUUCUAGUUGUUGGCGGGCUCGACGACGAGAGCAGCGCAUUGAACUUGCGCUGUUAAACGGGGCACAGCAGCUAUUCGCCGAAGUCCUUGACCUUGAGGACCAGCGGGAACAAAAUUAUGAGCAGCGAAUGAAAACCAAAACGCCAUCAAGUUCAAGUUGUAGAAUGAUAUCCACAAGCUGCUCUAGUGCGCGUAGAACGCUGCUUUCGACGACGGUCGACAUAGGGGGUGGCUUUGCAGCACCUACCGCGCAACGCUUCGCCGACGAUGAUGCUGAACUCCAGAAGCAGGUGCAGGCGGCGCGAACUCAAACUUACUCGGUGCAGGGGCAGACUCCUGGUUGUGAUGGCGCACCUUCACAGCAAGCCCCCUUGCUGUCCAAUCGGGACCAGCGAGCAUGUGAUGCUCGAAGCCGGCAACUUUCGCCCACAGAUUAUUCUGGCGCAGAUUUAUUUUGCUCAUCGUCCAGCUCCAGACAUUAUUCACCUCCCCUCGUCCAAACCACGACUUUCCGCCCGACUGGAGCUGUCGCAUUUGAAGACGCUGCGGACCCGGAGCUUGAGCGCCAGCAUGGGCUGGGCAGGUCGAGGACCACCCGCGUAGGCACGGCGUUGGCGGAGCAAGGCACACAGUGGGGUCAAGCCCAAGUCCCCCAUUCCGACAACAAGCGCGGCAGCGACGGGGGUGCUAACCUGGCGCUCGGCGCUGGACGCCACGUCGGCGAUCAAAGUUCUCCUACUUCACCAGGUCAUGAUAAGAGAGCAGGGCGGGAGCAGAGGACGUCACACUCCAUUGCCUCAUCAGUAGCAGUUGGGCAAGAACAAAUUUGUUCCUCUUCUCUUUUUUGGGAUCGCUCUUUUCCUCCUCCCGAAUGCCCGCAUGUGCUGGCGUCCAUGGCAGACGAAACGACCGGAGCAGGAGCAAGGUCACAGGAGUCCAAUACAGGCUUCCAAAACAGAACGCGAAAGGUUUUACGCUACACGAAAAACAAGAUCAAGACGUCGAAGCAAUCGCGGACGCCGGCGUCUUGGUCUUACUCAUCCAGCACAAACGCGCCACAGCCUCGCUCAGGUCAACAUCCUCUACCGCAGUACCGAGGCCACGUCCGUAAAGCCAUGGGGGAAGCAGGCCGCCUGGAGAAAAUCGAAUCCCAGAGAUGUUGGUUUUGGGGAGGUUUUUCUGCGGCUCGCCUCGUUUUCAGUGACCCUCCACCGUGGCGAGAUGCCGCGACUGGCGCACCUUGUGCACCUCCACGGGCGAUGGAAAACGGCUGUGCUUACCGGUGGGAGGUUCGAGUUCUAUGCAGUUCUCAAGCGUUACAAAGACAAUAGCUGGUGCAUACAUGAAUUUAUUAUUUGUGACGCAGGAAUAAGAGUAAGACUAAGAGUAUGCAAAUUGAAACAUUUUUUUUUCCGUUUAUUCUUGUUGCGCUUCAUCUUGCGCUACAAUUUUCAAUUUGGAACAGGAACGGAUUAAUACUUCCAUGCUAUUUAAUAGCCCUUCACGAGCAUCAUGUCGCGCGAGGUAGCUUUAUCGUCUGGGGGGGUGAUAGCUAGUGGCCGCUCCUCUGCAUGAAGACGAUUCACGUCCUGAAGGCAAGCAAUGCACGUGCACCGCUUGAAAAUCGCAUAAGUUUCCCCAGUAACCGAUGACAACGGAUGGAGUUACAGUCGAUCCUUGAUCGGAUCAUCCUCCUUGCUCACGAACAAAGCCACUUAUGGCUUGCUCAGUUGUUAUAAUCUCAAGUGAUAUCGCAUCAAUUUCAAUAGAUAUAGAAUCGGGCUUUGCCAGAUUCUAGUGGGGCUUCCUUGGGGGCUCCGGAACUUGUCAUGCGUAUUCCGAUCAGAGUAGGCUUAGGUAGCUACGACAUGCGCUUUUGGCGUCGCCGCUUUUCAGUUGUGUAGUAACGCUUGAGAUUGUGACAGCUGAGCAGGUGAUACCACUUACCGUUCGCUUUUUCGUGAGCGGCGGCAUGUAGGGCUCCCCGUGGAAGGGUUCUACUCCGGUAGCGAAUCCACUUCGCCACACGCCGGCGACGCGCUGGCAUACCUGAGCUGGGGUACAUCUCCAAGACGUAGAAGAUCUGCAACAGAGCAGACCGACAGCUCUCGGUCAGCGUCUUGCGAUGACGAAGAGCACGAAGUAGAUACGCAAGAGCCAGGCCGCUCUUCUUGUUCCGUACAGCCACAGCACUCCGCUCGUAAUAAAUCGCCGCGGCUGUUGCACGAGCAAGGUGAUCAGAUGCCGCAGCGCCGGUCAUUCUUGUCCCUGGUUGUGGGGGAUCAUGCUAUGACCACUCGUCCGCCGGAAGAUCAUACUAAGAAGACGACCAUCCGAGGAGCGGAAGAUCGCGAAGCAGCUGCAAAAACCAUUAGGGAUGAUAAAGUUCGGAACACUCCCGCAGGCGAGCGGCGAAAUGGCGAUGGGGACGAUUAUGAGGAUUUUUAUAAUGCUCGCGCCUUUUCACGCAGCGCAUCCGAGAGAGCAGAUGCAGAGAUUGUCAGCGAAAAUGUUCGCGGUCCUCCGUUAUCGAGUGCAGAUGUGUCUGGGUCUGGAAAUUUGUGUUGCUGGUACUCGCAUGAUUGCAGAGACAGAGCACCAGAUCCAGAAGAUUGCAUGGCAUAAACGCUGCACCAGCAGGCGAAGUUUAUUUACGACGAUUCUUCCAGAUUCAUUCGGUAAAUAUAGUUGUGCGCAUGAUAAAAAAACUGGUGCCUUUCAGCACGACAAAAAACUUCGCCACUUCUCUCCAUUCGUCACAGAUCUCCUUGCGCUUCAAAUCUUGCAUCGACAAAUCCAGAUCCAGACAUAUUUGCGCUACAUAUCCGUCGAUGAAAGUGUCGCCGGUUUCCGACCUGGCGUCCACGACCGCCGAUCGGCAGAGUCCUGUCUUGCCGUAUGGGAAUGCCAGGCUCGAAAUUAACAAAGUUGAGAGAGCGAUAGCGAUUUGCAAACCACGAAUUGAAAUAGAAAUAACAUCGGCACUAGUUGUUGGAUCCCCAUUUUCUAUGCGGCGCAUGUCAAAUUUAGGAAGCUGUGCAUAAACCACAUUUGUCCACAUGUUGUUGCUUCGAAGUAAAUAGGUAAUUUUUUUCGCACUUCUGUUUUUAGCCUGCAGCUGCACGUCCCACCAGAAGUGGGCUGAUGCGCCUUGCUUUUCUGGUGCACACACCAGAUCGCGAGGAGGGUCGUCUUGCAUAACAUAUAUAACACGCGUUUACGUUUUUAGGCCCAAGAAGCGCUCGCGGGACAUUCAGCCCGUAGCUCUUCGAUGUCAUGCUGUUUGGAGCAAACGCAAUAAAGAAUGACGCCGCUUUAGAGUCAAUUUCGAGCCUGGCGCUUCCAUAUGUCUCGGGGUUUCUGUACUACUAGCUGCCUCACUGGGCGGGAUCGGAACACGAAAACCAAGUUAGCUGUUGCCGAGAUACGACGCCUACAGCCCGCCUCUACACUUCUUGCAGCUGCAAAGAUAAAUGCGACCAAAGGCGACUGUGCCCGGGUGAAAGUAGCUGAUCCGUCUCUCGUCAACAGGACCGCAUCGUCUCCAAGGUGGAGCGCUGAGACAAGAACAGCAACCGCUGGUGCUGCCACCACGUCCACCUCAGUUGAUACUUGCGUACGAACAUUUGCUCAUACUGCAAUGCGUAGCGGCGAGGGGGAGGACAGGGAGGACCAAGUACUAGUGCUCGAGGACGAUGAUGGAGAUAAAGAUUAUAAUCUUCAUCAUGAUGUUGAGUCGCUGAUAAAAGUCUCGUCAUCAUCUGAUGCGCAAUAUAGUUUUUCUACCGCCAGCACCCAGAGUAAAACAUUUUGCGAAGACCACAAAGAUGCGCACCACCGUGAGGACGAAAGGCAAACAAGGCACGAUGCCAGUUUUAGCUUAGAUGAUUACCGAAUAAACGUCGCCGGGAACAAGCCACCUCCGGGUCCGCGGAGGAAUGACGGUCAGACAAUGUCAACAGCGAGGUCACCGUCACGGUUGCCGUCGGUUCCACCCUCAGAGGACGACCAGGACAAUGAUGCAUGCUCGUCCGCGGCAGCAGGGCACAAUUACACGGACAACGACGUCUCGUCUGCAGCUGCAAACUCAGGUUUGCAUUGCCCACCGGGGAGCUGCAGGACGACGACCAGCACGGGCAUCAUACCUACGGAUUCACCCCAUAGUUGCCGCGAAAGCGAAGACGAAGCAGAGUUGUGCACGAAUAAAUGCACCAGCAUCGGCGAAGAUGAAGAGGCAGAAGAAAUAGAAGUAAGCUCCCUCUGUCCCCGCGGCGUUAACAGCAGCGUCCGUUCUACUUCUAACGAAGUACCAGCACCACGCACGCUCUUGCUUUCGUCGACGGGGGGUACUACGACUAGGCCGAGGCGCGCCAAUUUUGCCAUGGCUGUAGGUGAAUGUGCAACGGUACUACUUGGCGGUCGUUCCAAAAAUGCGUCCGGUGAAGAGCAAAAAUAUGUAUUCGAUCAUCCGAGCACGUGUGCUGGCCGCGACGGAAAACUCUCUCCCACGACCAGUGCAAAGAGUUCAAGCUCGACUCGGAGUCCGAACUGUUCUAGUCAGGGAGGUGACAGAAACAGAAGAGAGGCGAAUCCAAGCAAGCCCGCCAAGCGAGAGCAGGACGGCGCAGCGAGGCAUCAACAGAGUUCGACACAAAGCGCGAUCACGGGGAACAUUUGUGAUGCGGCAGGGUGCGCAGGAGACGGAGAUCCCGACAGUGACGGCCGGAACAAGGGAACGCCAGACGACGUUCGGGCUGUAAUCGAUCAUCACUGCAAGGUGAGGGUGGACCAAGAAUCGAUGCCGUCGAGCUACAACUACAUGGCACCACGACACUCACGAACGAUGCAGGGCCCUUCAUCCUGCUCCUGGAAUCAUGUUAGUGACAGUCACAGUCCUGCACAGGAUCAGGAGCGACAGCGGCAUCCACAAAAUGAGGCGGGGCACAGAUACGCUGGUGGGGGCUCCCCAGGUAGUGGCACCUACGCGCUGCCCGAAGUGCACGAAGACUGUGUUGCGCGACACGGAAGCAAUGACGGAUCGCAGGUGGAGAAUAAAAAAAAAUACUUCGUCAGCGACCAGCGCGACGGGAGCGUGCAAAAGAAAAAAUACUUCGUCAACGACCAGCGCGCCGGGAGCGAUCCCGGUACACCGCCUCUGGUCCCGGAUGAUGCUGCAGCAGUUGUACUGAUGAGCGGCGGUGGACGAAGUAAACUGAUUGAUAACCAUGAAGACCUUGUUGAUGUCCGCUCGGCCGACCAAAGCAUAAAUGCCAAUAAACAGAAAGAAAACAGCUCCUGCGUCACUCAUGCAGCUUCAGGCCUUGACAAUGACGGCGCCUCCAAGACGCGAGAGAGCAGGGCACGCAGCGGGAGCGCUACGCGAACAAUUAUGACUGAAACGAGUCACAUUCAAAUGAUCCCAACAGCAAGCAGUAGCUCCAGGCGCCACCAUCGUCCGGGGGAGAGUCCUCCCGGUGCUAUAAAAACUGAAAAAUCCGGGAACAGAAACUUUGUCCGGGAAUUCUGGGACCGAAAUCUGUUGCGUUUCAACAAACACGAGCGGAAGUUUUUGUAUUGGGCGGAUUACCUCGAGCGUCGUGCAAACUUGCUCUCGCCCGACUGCGGGGGCGGAUGCGAGGACGUUGCCCGCAUCGUGACCGCAGUGCUCGCACUUUUGUUGGUGCUCUCCCUGUUCGUUCCUGCGCGCUACUUGUUGGUCUUCUUUCUGUGCCGAAGGUUUCGGAAGGGCUACAAGGUGGGGCGGUACAGCCGCGCAAAUCGCGAGUUCAUUCUGCAAGAAUUGAAGUCCGACCUCCAGUUUGCAAUGUACGAUCUUCGACACCGGCAAGCGGGGGCCCCUGGUGCCCUGUCUAGGGGAGGAAGCGACCGAUCUCAACACCGUGCUGCUAACCCUAAGGAAAAGCGCAGUGGUCUAUUCGGGGGGUUAGGUUUUGCAUGAAAUUCGUGCCCUUUUUGUGAAGAUGCCAAGAGAGCGACAAAAAUGCCCGCAGGUGCAUAAUACCUCAUGGCGGUGGAGCAAGUAGUAGUAUUUGUAUUAGUUGUAGCACACGUCGAGUGCUUGUUUUCAUCUUCUUCAGUAUCGAUCGAUUUGCUUUUUGCAGGACCAUCAAGGUGUUGUAGACCGUAGCAAGUGUUGAAGACAAGCACAAGCUGGGCUUGCAUUCUUUGGCGCUAGGAGCACAACUCCUUAAGUUCGCUGCUCCCUUCUCUUCCAUAUUAUUGCCCGGGCAUGGGGACCGGAGACCUCUAUCGGAAGAGACUCGCAGCAACAUCACCCCCCGCAGCCAGGGGUAUCCUGCUUACUCCUAUAGCUACUGUGCGGCGGAGGGUGGACGUGCCCAACAAAACCACGAGUUUGUACCUGGCGCGAUGAGGCCAGUGGUCCAGGGGACGUCGAGAGAUUUGAACCACGAAGUGGUCGCACGCGACAAGGCUGCGCCCCCGUGUUCCGAACAACUGAUGCAGAGGCAGAGGCACGAUAGUACAAUACUAAAUUGGCGCGAUCUACUGUGGUAAUGUUAGGUUGGGGAUCGAAAACAUGUGAACGAAUUUUGUGAUGCGAUUCUCGAUGCGACGGGGCACACAGAGGAGCCUGUCUUGCAGAGAAAGCAAGCGAGGGCGUUUGUGAGCGUGUGUAGUAGGGUUGUCGCUAGAUGUAAAGCAGUUCUUUGCCUCAAGGAGCUUGGCAAUUUGGAUGGAGGGGUCUCAAAGAUUGUCACGCGCCGCUCAGAGGUGAUGGGCCCAAUCAUUGGGGGCGUCCGCGUCGAUUUUAAUAAGUAUUAUGCAUCGCUAUUGGUGUUCGUUUUAUUUUUGACAGUCUCGAUUUCCAACCUGACACUUCCACAUCUACACCACGACGCAAAAGCUCUCCCCGCGACAGACACAUCGGCUCCGCGGAUCCUCCCCGCGUCACUUCUACCAAACAAGGCGCGCUUUGAAGAAGAUUUGCGAGGUGGUGGUGGUAACGGUACACUGCCCUUGACCGAGCCGAUCCUAGACGGUGGUCUUCCACUGCAAAGGGACGUUCAGCGACGACGAGGAGCCUCAGCUCAGGCUGGUCUGAAUUGUCCUUCCGACGGUCAGCAGGGCCUUUCACCACUACGCCAGAGCCAAUUUUUCCAACCGCGGUUACCGCGGCACUUGCGAAAAGUGCAGGGCUGGACGCGCACCACACAGAUGCGGGAGGUCUUCUACGUGAGCGCACAUCAACUACAGCUCCUCACCCUAGGUUUUUUUUCAUACAACAAAGUGCCAAAUCAUGCAGGCUUGAUUUUGAAUUCGGGCACUCGCAUGGCUUGUGUGACAAGAGUGAGCUGCCCAAUAAACUUCUGCACCAUGGUCCGUGUGCGGAAGAUUUGACAUGACGCGAUCCACAUUUGUAAUGCUGCUCGCGUUGCUUUCCAUUACCAUGAUCUGCAAAUUUGGGGGAAGACGGGGCGGAGUUGUGCAAUUUCAUAACUUCAACGUGACAACCACGCUGGCCCUCCGGGACUGGGUGCACGAGCGCUACUACCGCAACGCAUAUAUGGUAGCGCCAAGGGGAAACUGCCAAAGUGGAACUAACUUGCCGAGCAUUUUUGCAAAUCCAUACCAACCGGCAGGAGCGCGGCAAUUUAAAAAUACCUCUAAGAUGUGCAACAUGUUGCGAUGAAUAUUUUUCCACGUGGACGAAGACCCUUGCUUGCAUACAUCAGUGAAUCUGUAUUCACACUGUAGCUCUAGUUUACGGCACAGCCAAAACCUCUCUCGUUUUUAUGAUUUCCGCACCAAAAAAAUAACGAAAAGAAUAUGCAGAAGUUGUACAUCAGCAAUGCUAUACUGUUCACCGGAAAAACUCGAACAAAAACAAAGGACUUUUCAUGCAGAUGCGCCGCAAGGCAUAUUCCAUUUUGUCACUUUCCCCAAUGGAAGCUUCAUAGCGUACCCAUUGCCCGUAUCCCAGCUGCAGCAGUUCGAGACGCUCGACGAUUUGCUGCAGUAUUGAGGGGAAAGCUUCGAUCUAUUCGCAAAGCGAUUCUAGCUCCAAGUCAUGCGCUGCUUGUCAUGCGAAUUUGUGUAGUACGCCCAAACUACUUUUACAUGAUAUUAUGCACUAUCCUGUACUAUGGUGGGCGUAGGGUGGCGGGUUCGCUUAAACAUAUCACGUUGGCGACAGUUCAUCGUGGCUAGCUUCCGACAUAUUUUUUGCAUGCCGAGGCCAGAAGUGUGACGUUGGCGACAGGUCGCGGCUAGCUCGUCCUGACAUAUUUUUUAUUACAUGCCAAGGCCAAAAGUGCCUUCUAGCUGCCAACCCCGUGGGGGGGGGGGGCGGGGAUUUUUAGCCUGUGGCGCUGGAUGCGAGUAGCCACCCCAUGACGAUGAUGAUGAUCAUGAUGAUGGGGAAGACAGAUCAUGAUGACGACGACGCAAAAACAGUUGCACCAAAAAUCGCUUCAUAGUGCAAGGAACUGAGUGGCGUGCUUUUCGUGUGCGCCGCAAAGUAAAACAUGAUCGAGUUUUAUCGUCCAGCUCGUGCCUACUGGUGCCAAACGAGAUCACCUCCCCGCGGCGGCGAUCCUAAUGGUGCCUUCAGGACUUCCGCUUCGGGUUGGCAUGAUUAUUUAGGUUCAAAAAUAGUGGCGACGCGCCACUGUUGGUUUUGCAGGGUGGUGGUCAAAGCGGAAUAUACAAUGCUGGGUGUCGCUUCACUGAAAAAAAACAAAAAUUGGCGGAUGAAAUUCGACCGCGAAACUGGUGGGAGUCUGGUAACAGUUUCCGAGCCGUGCGCUUGCGAAGGCUGGGUGGAUUCGCUGCACUGAUGAACUUGCAACAGGUCCGUGCAAUGGCUCCGGAGUUAUUGGGGGUGGCAGCAAGAGCAACCGCUGCAGCGAAUGCGAUCACUCAUUUCCCAUGCAUAUGCCGCGCAUUGUUUCGGAGAGCCUCUGCUUCUUGCGCCACUGUGAGCGCCCGCGUGAUUCUCCCUGGUGGCGCGGUGGUUGGUUUACGUCUCUGCUUGACCACGUGCCAAGCCAGGUGAACGAAUACGAUCCUGAUUGCCUUCUGUACUACGGACACUUCGUAGCGGACAACCAAGAACUCUAACAUGUCGAAAUGCGAUCUGCAUGAUGAUGUUGAUGAAUUCUCAGAGGGCGUAGACGCACCAGCGACACCAGCACACGCUGAGCACUUGGCAAACAUUUUCCGUACGUCUCUUGCAUGGGCAUCGUCUAGCACCGUCGUGGGCGUAAAAAAAAUUGAAUAUAGCGAACGAAAAGCCUAGCGCACUCCUGUCAACAUCGGGUAUGUUUGAUUUUACUCCUGGCAACUGUCAUCUCUUAGUCCUCGCGUGCCCCUUGCACACAGUGUUGGGCUGUCGAGGUUUUCUGCCCCGAUCUGGCGAGCCACUGCUGGGGCCCGGCCUACGAAAGAAGAGAGAAAAAGAAGAAAAAUGACGAAACAUAUGAAAGCAGUAAGAAAAUAGGUCUCGCCUAUCCCGAUCAAAUGUUCGCAGGAGCAGGAUGUGGAU